AUGAACGAAGACUACAACGCAUCUACUUCUCAAGCUUGCUCCGUAGCUGAAGGUUCUUCAUCCUCUGUAAUGAUCAAGGAAGAACCUGUCAAUGACAAUGAGGAUUGGUCCGGUGUGGUUUCAGCUUUGAGAAGGCUUCAUUGUAAAAUACUAACACGGGAAGAGUUGGCACAGAGUCCUAGAGGGACACGAGCUCGACCAAGAUGCUCAGUAGAAGGUUGUUAUAUGGAAUCUCCGCAGUUUUUAUGUCGCCUCCCUGUAAACUUCGAGCUCGCUUUCCAUUGUAUAGCUCAUUCAUGUAGUACCAUUAUUGUUCAAAACCGACUUAUGACCAAGUUAUUCAAUAAGACGGUACUCACCAAGGCAUUUCUCAAUACUAAAAAUGACUUAAAGAACAUACCUUCAGCCGUUGUAGAGUCUUUUCCCUUCCACAUCUGUCAUAGGCAUUUUAUGCUUAGCCCUAAGUACUACUCAGAUAUUUUCUGGGAAGGUCGUCCAAAGUCCCUUCUCUUCCACUACCUCCCGAAACAAUCUCCAAACAACAUUCAUGAAGCAGGGCAAGUGAGACAACGAGCUUAUCUUCUAGUCAAGCUGAAUAUUUUUGACUCUAAAAUAUUGCCGGAUGUGGGGAUACGGAUACCCAGCGGCAUUGAGAACAUUCAACGUUCAAAAAUCUGUGCGAUAGCCGGUUGUAGUGCUAACCUUCCUUCUGGUGCUAAAGACUUCCAAAUGCUGAACAUUCCUCGGAUUUGGCAGGAAUUCCAUAAAUGGGAGAGAUCUGUAUGGUUUGGUCUACAGCGGGAUUACUGUUUGCCUUCAAUAGGUUAUCUUUGUGCUCAGCAUUUUACAGAUGUAAUGGAGAGUCCUGAUGAGCAGGAAGCUCCAAUUCUGUUCCAUAGCGUUAAAAAUACAACUAAUAGCGAGAAACCUUUCUGUGUAGUACCAUCCUGUAGGAAUAACAAAUCCCCGGAGGAUAAUAUACUUUAUGUUCCUUUUCCAAGUUCACCUUCUGAUCGCAGUUCUUGGGUUAUGGAAAUUAGGAAACAUCAUCCAAAUUUUAUUCUGAAUCCGAAGAAGAAAGUUGAGUGGGUUUGUUGUCUGCACUUCACUGACUUAUCGAGUUUGGAGUCCGCAAAACCUUCCGUUAAUUUAAAUAGUGUCGAGGUGGAAGAGCUGUCUAUUGGUAGUCCUCUUAUCACUAAGAACAGUUAUUCUAUGUCUCUCAACCCUCUAUAUGUUCCAUUGAGUACCAAUCAUGAAGAGAGAAAAAGAGCCUCUAAACGUAAAUGUUGUGCAGAAACAACGGUCAUCUUCACGAAGCUCGCAAAACUACAAGAAAAGUCUCUUACUGUAUUCAAACUGAUCGAACAAUUGUAUGUUUUAUAUGGAUUAACUCCAAUCAAAGAAGAUCUUGAUCAUAACAAGGAUAUGACAAGUCCAAUUACCAGCCAUGAUAGCACGCAAAGUAAUAAUCAGAAUUUCAAUAAAAUUGUAACUUCUGAUCUCAAUCAAUCACUAGCCUCGAACACAAGAACGGGUACCCAGGAUCUACAAAACAAAAAUUCACCAAAGACUCUCGCAGAUGCUCUAGCGGGUUUAAUGAACAGAAAAUAG